GCCCCCGGCCGGCUCACAGUUACACUGGAGAGGAUGGACCGAAUGCAGCUCAUCUUGGUCUUUGCUUUGGCAGCACUUCUGGGAGCAGCAAUGGCCCAGCCAGAAGAGCAGCCCAUAGCCCUGGAGGAUGUGGCCGAUGUGGGUGGCCAGCAUGCAGAGGAGGGAGAACGUCCGGCCCGUUGGCUAUGGGGCGGCUGGGGUGGAGGAUGGCAUGGAGGCUGGGGCGGCGGUUGGCGUGUUUCGUAUCGCCCCUGGGGCUAUGGCUAUCGCAGCUACUGGUGAUAGCCACUGAGACAAAAAUACAAAUUAACCCAUUCCCAACAACA